UGCAUUUUAAACACACUUUUAUUUGCUGAAAUCUUAGAAAUGAUUACAAACAUUCAUAUUUCUAACUAACGGUCUUUUUUUUAUUGUAAAGCAAAGCUGCGAUUUUUUCGUAUUUUCUUGCUUCGGCAGAAUUUAUUCCUCAGGUUAUUUUCUGCUGCUGAAUUUUUUUCUAACCAGAAUUUCACUUUAUUAUUGAGUGAUAAAAAGAGGUCUCUAAAGAACGUCACUAUCUUUUACGACUAAACUGUAAAAUUAAUAACUGUUAAAUUAAGUCUUUGUCAAUCUUUCCAGUCAGCCUCUCAGAUGAAAACUGAACAUCUUGAUGUUGACGGUGUGUCGUUCACGCUUACAUGAUAACGUCUGUUUUUUUCUUUCCAGUUUAUAAUGAAUGGCUCGGUCCCCAACGCCACCCUCCCGGGAACUCUGCUUUAUUUCAACACCACCAUCCUGAACAUCACAUCUUAUCCAAACACCAGCUUUCUGGCCGUCACUAAGGCCACGACUACGUUGGGCAUCACUCAGCCACGCCCGCAGACUAACGCCACGUUCACGGCUCUUACGACUCUGGCAACUUUAACCACGACUCCUGCAGAAACGCCGGCGUCCAUAAACAUGCCGUACAUGAUCGCAGAGCUCGUCAUCGCCUUCCUGUCCACCGUGGGCAACCUGCUGGUCUGUGCCGCUGUGGGGAUGAACCGCAAGCUGCACACGGUCACUAAUUACUUUCUGGUGUCGCUGGCAGUGGCAGAUGUGUGCGUGGGGGCGCUGGCUAUCCCCUGUGCCAUCAUGACGGGUCUGGGCAUCCCGCGCCACAACCUGUACCUGUGUCUGCUCAUGCUGUCGGUGCUCAUCAUGCUGACCCAGAGCUCCAUCUUCAGCCUGCUGGCCGUGGCGGUGGAACGCUACGUGGCCAUCUUCAUGCCCUUCCGCUACCACAGCACCAUGACACCUCGCAACGCGCUGCUCGUCAUCCUGAUCACGUGGGUGCUGGCGUUCCUCAUCGGCCUGGUUCCGCUCAUGGGCUGGCACAAGACUCCGCCUGGAGACGGCUUCUGCUUCUUCGUCAACAUAGUGGAGAUGACCUACAUGGUGUACUUCAACUUCUUCGCGUGCAUCCUGACGCCACUCGUCGUCAUGUUCCUGAUCUACGCUCAGAUCUUCCUCACGGUGAAGCAGCAGAUACGGCGUAUCGCGGCGGACCGCGGUGGCCAGGCCAACAGCGAAGGAGCCACCAAUAUCAAGAAGGAGAUGAAGACGGCCACGUCGCUCUUCCUCGUGCUCUUUCUCUUCACCGUUUGCUGGAUCCCGCUGCACAUCAUCAACUGCUUCCUCCUUCUGUGUCCUACCUGCUACGUGCCCCUGCCUCUCCUGCUCACCGCCAUCAUUCUGUCGCACGCCAACUCGGCCGUCAACCCUUUCCUCUACGCGUACAAGAUGAAGUCGUUCAGAGAAGCCUUCAAAGGGAUUUUCCUGUGCUGCAGAGGCAGAGCUGAGGGACAGGAUCACCAUGACGACGGCCGCAUAGCCACCGUACACAAAUCCUGACCUCUUGAUGUUUCUCCCGUAACCUAUUUAGAACCCGAUCGUCCUCUAUAUCCAACGUAUCACUGAUCGAAGUUUCAAUAAAUUUACGUCUAGUUUUCUAAAUCCUUGAUAUUCUCUCUAUUUUUUA